GCAUUAUCUCGAAAGUAAGAAAGAAAUUGGCUCUACGUAGCAUUAGUUCAGAACUCUCGGAUUCUGUUGGAACCAAUAAUUUUCGUAAAGCAGUGGAAGUGAUGAGGGCAUUGCAAUUGCAGCUUAGAGUUGACGCCAAUUUUGGUGUAAAGAGAUUCUGUCAAUUCUGCCCCAUUUCAUCUCUGAAUCCUUCGUCAUUGCUUGUUUUUCAACCAAUAAGAUACCCCCAUCUUCAGAAUUUUAAGCCUUCUCGUCGAUCCAAUUUCUCUACUCCAUCAACAUCCUUCACCACAGCUUCCAUGGCCGAUUCGGCUCUGUCCACGAGCUCAGAGACAGAGAAGAAGCCUGUCUCUGUGCUUUUCGUGUGCUUGGGCAACAUCUGCAGAAGCCCAGCGGCCGAAGGAGUAUUCAGGGACCUGGUGAAAAAGAAGGGUCUCGAUUCCAAAUUUUUAAUCGAUUCCGCUGGUACCAUUGGUUACCAUGAGGGCAAUGAGGCCGACCCAAGAAUGAGGGCGGCUUCUAAACGACGCGGGAUUACGAUAACAUCCUUGUCGAGGCCAAUCCAGCCAUCUGAUUUCAUAAAUUUUGAUCUUAUUCUUGCCAUGGACAAGCAGAACAGAGAGGAUAUCUUGAGGGCUUUUAAUCGGUGGAAAGCUAGGGAGUCCCUUCCUCCUGAUUCACAUGAAAAGGUCAAAUUAAUGUGCUCCUAUUGUAGAAAGMACAAUGAAACAGAAGUUCCAGAUCCUUAUUACGGUGGCCAACAGGGUUUCGAGAAGGUUCUGGACUUGCUUGAAGAUGCCUGUGAAUCACUGUUGGAAAGCAUCUUAGCAGAGAACAAACACAUUUCAGAUUCAUGAUUUCUGGCUGGAUACUUCAUUCUUGCAAAAUAAUGCAAAUUGUUCAAGUAAAAGCAGUGGUAAUCCUUAUGUGGAACGGACAUCGAUAUCUAAUCGGUCUGUGUUUGUUCAUUCAAUAUCUUCUGCAUCGCGUCCCAAUGAAAGUCUAUUUGCCUUACUUGAGCAAGUUGAAUUGGAGAUUGAUAUAUCAAGGCAGCCUUUAUUUUUAAAGUUAUGUGGUAUGCAUCUGCUGAUUUACUAUUGUCCCGACACUACAAUAAUAUAAGCUUUAUCAUGCCUUGAAUAAAAUUCGAGGUCGCUUUGAACUUCAUUUGAAAGUUCAGUGAUCUUAGAAUUCAGCGCA